UCUUAAAAAAUGGGAAGGCAAACAUCCCCUUGGCCGUGCGUGGAUGUGAUUAUAAUUUCAAUUUGGGGAGGGCCGGACUUGCCCCUGCUCAUGCUAUCCCCCCUCCCCUCCGACCAUGGAAGUGUCGUUCCUCCUCCAAUGCCCUCCUCCUCCUCCUCCUCAUCCUACUAGGGCUUUUUCAGGCUCUCUCAGAUUCAAAUACAGAUAUGCUGCCCCCAAACUUGUUGUGAAGGCGGCCGGUGGCGGCGGCGGCCGAAUAUCGGCAACAACAGUGCCGGCGCGUGACCGAGUCAUAGAUUUCGGGAGACACAAGGGCAAGAUGCUGGGAUCCCUGUCCUCCACCUACCUCCGGUGGCUCUCCAACAACCUCAGAGCCGGCGACUUUGUGGAAUGGGCCAGGCUCGCGGACCAGGUCCUCGCCGACGCAGUUUACAGAGACCGAAUCGAGUGGGAGUUCGCGCAGAAAGUCCUGGACGGCAACGUCGUCUCCUCCAGGUCGUCGUCGUCCUCGCCAUCGGCCGUGUCCGAGCUGCUCGAGAUCAGCGAGAGGUUCGGCUGGGACAACGACGACAAGGCCGCUUGGAGCAACAUCAACUUUGCACUUCUUGGCACCUCCAAAGGGGGUCGAAUUCCCAGGCGGCUCUCCCCUCCUUCUCCGAAUCGGAAUAGGCCGCCGGAGAGAGAAUUGAGCGAGAAAUCAGACAGAAAAGAAGCGAGGAUGGGCGGAGAGAGGAGACGGGAGAGGAGAGAACGGAUGAGGCUGAAGAGGAGGGGCAACUCGCCAGCGACGGAGACGGAGACCAGCAUGUCGGUGUCGGUGGGGUUCGGAAACGGAAGCAGAUGCGGUGAUGAUGAGGCGAACAAUAGGGAUCGGGAUCCCAUGGUGGACAAUCGCCGCGGUCCCUUUCCUGGACGCCAGUCACUUUUGGACAGGGUGCUCGGUAACAACAGCCCUAAAAGACCGUUCCGGUAGUAGCCGGCCCCGCCCCGCCACCGCCCAAAAGCAUCUUCAGGAAGAUCCACGUCCAUAAUCCAUCAUCCAUCUCCAUCUCCAUCUCGUCUCAUCCUAUGCAAUUACAACGCCAGAGACGGUACCCGCCGCCUCAACACUUUUCAAACCACACACCAUCGAGCCCAAGUUAUCCACUGGCACUUAAAUUCCUUAAUUUAUUAUUAUUAUUAUUAUUAUUAUUGAAUGCCAAUGGGGGAUUUAGUUGAAAUUCCAGGUCAAAACACAUCCAGAACCUUCCAAAUUCAUAUUUAUCGAAUAUUUUCUUUUAGUUAAAAGUUUUAUAUAAUCUUAUCUUAUGGGGUAAUCUCUUUUAUUAAAAAAUUAAGGUACUUAUUAAAUAUAUAUAUAUAUUAUAUAAAUGGAGUAAACGCACAGAGCCUUUUGUAUUUUUCUUUUAAAAUAAUAUAUAUAUAUUUAUUAUUCCUCUCACUCAAAUACGGUUCAAAUUAAAUUAAUUGACAUCCGAACACUGAAAUAUAUGCUCCUAAAUACAAUAAUUAAUUUUAUUUUCCUCUUUUUUUUUUUUGGCAUUUUAAUUUUGGGUUUUGCGGCUUUUGGUUGGUUGGUGCGAGCUAAACCACAACCUGGGAAGGAAACUCUCGCUCUCGCUGGUAUCCUCUCUCUCUCUCUCUCUCUCUCUCUCUAUUUGUCUGAAGCGAAGCUGCUAAAGCUUCCGAAGAGAGAAAGAGGCCUACGCCUCGCCUCCUCAUUUCAGCCUAAUGACAGACGAGCACAAAAGUAUCACAUUCCUUUGUACUGAUAAUCCUUUUGCAAAGCUUCCAGAUCAUCUAUUGAUAGAAAUUUUUAUCCGGGUUCCCAUUUCAGAAUGGGUGCAAAUAUCAUGCGUGAAAAAGCAGUGGGCUAAACUGUUUCAGGAAGAAUGUUUGUGGCAGGCUGCCCUUCUCAGGAAUUUUCCUUUGGCUGGCCAUGCUAAAAGGUGGCCUGGACCCAUCCCCCAAGGAUUAAGCAGAAGGAGGUAUACUGCUUUAUAUAUCAGUAAGCACAUCUUUUCACUUGAUGAUGAAUUCAAUGAGAUUGUGGGCCAUACUUAUUUGUUUCUAAAGGAGCAACUUGAAAUUUCAACCAUGCCGCCUCCUGCUGGUAUACUUCAUGGUACUAUUAUAGGUCUGUUCCUAAACACCACCCCCCGCCCCCCAACCCUCCCUUCCUCCCUUUUCUCUGUAUAUCACAUUAGACUUUAAGAUGAAUUUUUGUGCUUGCUGGCAAGAGUGCUUAUUUUGUAUUUAGAACAUGAGUGAGGAGUUGGCAUCCAGUGACACUAUGCCCAUGAAGGAUUCUUACCAAGUGAUUAUCUUUUCCAUUGAUUGUACGUGAACGGACUCUCGAAAUUAAGAUCAGUUUAUUGCUUGUGGUAAGUCACGCGACAAGGCCAACGAGCUUGCCUCAUACAUCUGGUUAGCCGUUAUUGAUAAUUUGGAGGAAAACGAGGAAACAUUUCUUUUACUCAAACGCCUGGCGCUAGAGGGAGAUGUAUUUCUACCAUAUCCAUACUCAAGAUCACAACAGGUCCAGUGGAGGGUGUUUGAGAAGCUGUUUACAGAUUUCCGCGACUGCUUCAAUCACCAAGACUAUUGUGACAUGUUGGCUCGGGCAAAGCUUAGAUUUCAGCCAAUUCCGUCCACUUGGUUAGGUUACUAGUAAGUAAGCUUUUGUAAUUUCUUGUAUGGAAUUUACAAUUACAAUUACAUACACGAGAGAGAGAGAGAGAGAGAGAGAGAGAGAGAGAGAGAGAGAGAGAGAAAUUGUAUGUAAUGUAUGUAUGUAUAUGUGCGUGCGUGUAAUUUCAAGGCCGGCAGACAGACAGAUGAAGCUAAAUUAUCUCAUUUGGUUGAAGCAAGGGGAAUAAACCAACUGCAUUCUAUAGUA